AUGGUGUCUUGUUCCCCAGCGAGGAGGACCUGCAAUGAAAGCUCGUCGGCGCAGACGGCGAACUUCGUGAACCCGGCGCACCCGAGGGAAGACACGGCGCCUUCCACGUGCGUGUUCACGGCGCACGUGCAGAAGAGAAGCACGUGCCAGCUGAGGAUAGACCUGGACGAGUUGUUGCUGCCCGGUCGCCCCGGCUCCGGCUGCGAGGACGGCAGCUUCGGCGUGCGGCCCAACCCGGCCGGCCGCCUCGGCUUCACGGCCCUGUGCGGCAACAACACGGGGCAGCACGUGUACAUACCAGUGGAUACCAGUCUCGGAGCGCAAUCCGUCCAGCUGGUGAUGUCGACGUCUGGUGCUGCCGCCUACCGGUGGAACAUACGAGUUACUCACAUCGACUGCAGCAGAGAUCCUCAGGCCGUGGCGCCGCCGGGCUGCCUGCAGUACCACCAGGGCGAGCGGGGCGCCUUCGAGAGCCUGGGGCGCGGCGGGCGGGCGGGCGGCCUCAGCUACGCAACCUGCGUGCGCCGCGCGCCGCGGGCUUGCGGGGUGCGCUACUCCGCGCCGGGCGCCUUCCAGCUGCGCGCGGCCGACCCGGCGCGGCCCUACGGCGACCAGGGCUGCGACCCGCGCACAGGGCAAACCAACACAGACGCAACCACCACAACCACAACAUCGACAACACCACCGACAUCAGAACCAAUAACAACAACGCCAUCAGCACCGACUACAACACCAACAUCAGAACCGACAACAACACCGACAUCAGCGCCGGCUACAACACCAACAUCUACACCAGCAUCUACACCAACAUCUACACCAACAUCUACACCAGCAUCUACACCAUCAUCUACACCGACAAGAACACCGACAACAACACCGACAACAACACCGACAUCUACAACGACAUCUACACCGACAUCUACACCGACAUCUACACCGACAUCUACACCGACAUCUACACCGACAUCAGCGCCGACUACAAAACCAACAUCUACACCGACAUCUACACCGACAUCUACACCGACAUCUACACCAACAUCAGAACCUACAACAACGCCGACAUCGGCACCUACAACAACGCCGACAUCGGCACCAGCAGUAACAACAGCAGUUCCUGAGGACAACGAAGGUGGCACGGCGACCAGCGCUGCAACUGCAGGCGGCACAGUCGCGCCGGCGGCUGCGGCCAGCACCGACUCCACAGUCGCUGAGAGCACAGCCGCGCCGAGCAGCACGACUCCAGCAACCACCGACCCGCCAACCACCACAGACUCCGGCGCUUCUACGACGGCAGAGGCCUCAGUUCUAGCAGGUCCAGACGCCGCCCCCGGCGGCAGGGAGCGCAGGCAGCAGUCGCCCGGAGAGUCGCACGACUUCCUGUUCGUGCCCGACGGCCGCGUGGAGGGGAGCGCCGACCGCGUCAGCAAGAUGUGCGGCGACUUCCUGGCCAACCACGUCGUCACGAGUAGAGUUCCUGGACCAUUCUUUGUCUGGUUCCAUGCAGACGAUUCAGCAGUUGGCAAAGAAUCUGGGUUCAUGAUAACCUAUGAGCAGAUGAGCGAUUGUUGAUCCUUGUGGAAUGAAGUAAAAAUUUAUUUUAAUUUAUUUUUUUAGACUAUGUGCAAUUAAUGUUAUAAAUUAUUGUGUGAAUUUAUGAACAUAAGUAUUCUAUUUUUUUAAUGACAAAAUAGAAUAAACCUCCUUAGUAAAC